GACAACUCGUCAGAGGUGCAUCGAAUGGUCGAGCCUGGGCAGGCGUGAAAUACACUCAAAAGCAAAACACGUUUCCACGAUGGGGAAAGUACCGGAAAAUAAAAAGUACGUAAAUUAUGCUAGGAAAAUCAAGUUCAAAGGCAACAGUGUGCACCGUAGAGCGGUGGAAGGUAGCACCGAGAAUCAAAGCUCGCCGAAAGAUGAGGAAUCACGCCCGCAGCCAAAGCAGAAGCGGUCGAAAGUGCAGCUUUCCGUAAGUGAAGAGGAGCAAGAAAUCCAAACCUUGCGGCAACGCUAUUGCGAUGAAGCGGCACGUGCCACCACCGGCACUAUCGAGACAUUCAGCGAUUUCCCUCUGUCGAAGAAAACCAUGGUCGGUCUAAGUGAGGCAGAGUACACCAAACCGACCGUCAUUCAGCGAGAAUGUAUUUUGCCUGCGCUGUGCGGUAAAGACAUCGUUGGAGCAGCUAAGACGGGCAGCGGGAAAACGUUAGCCUUUUUAAUUCCCGUCCUGGAACGGCUAUAUGUGGAAAAAUGGACCCGCAUGGAUGGUCUUGGAGCACUCAUAAUCACGCCUACGCGAGAACUGGCGACGCAAAUAUACAAAACUGCGGUACAAGUGGGAAGGCAUCACGAUUUUACCGUCGGGCUACUGAUCGGUGGACAGAACCUUAAGAUCGAACGAAAUCGGCUGCAUAAUCUGAACAUCAUCAUUGGAACCCCGGGUCGUUUGCUGCAGCACAUGGAUGAAAAUCCUUUGUUCGAUACAACGAAUAUGAAAAUGCUGGUUCUGGAUGAAGCGGACCGAUGUCUGGAUAUGGGAUUCUCCGUCACAAUGAACUCCAUAAUCGAAAACCUGCCGGACGUGCGGCAAACGUUACUAUUCUCUGCUACUCAGACCACCUCGGUUCGGGAAUUGGCUCGAGUGAAUCUGGUGAAACCUGUCCGAAUUGCGCCGCACGAACACGAACAAAAUGUGACUCCAGCCAAGCUGCAGCAAAGCUACGUAGUGGUGGAUCUUUCCGCAAAGCUAACGAUGUUAUGGUCCUUUCUGCACACCCACCCAAAGCAAAAAAUUAUCGUAUUUUUUUCCACCUGCAAACAGGUUAAAUAUUUCUAUCAACUGUUUCGAAAAUUGCGCCCCGCUUCUUUGCUUCUGCCCUUGCACGGUGGGAUGAAUCAGGAAAAGCGUAACAAGAUAUAUGCUGAGUUUUGCAAGAAGCAUACCAACGUUUGCCUGCUGGCGACGGACGUAGCAUCGCGAGGGCUGGAUUUUCCCAAAGUGAACUGGGUGGUACAGAUGGACUGUCCGGAAGACGUUGUGCAAUACAUUCAUAGAGCCGGACGAACGGCCAGGUUAAAUACGGCGGGCGAAAAUCUGCUUGUACUAUUGCCUCAUGAGGAGCAGGCUAUGCUACAGUUGCUGGAGAACGGAAAAAUACCCAUAAAGCAGAUCAAAGUGAACGAGCGGCAACUGUUUUCGCCGCUGGCAAAGAUCCAAUCGCUCCUCGCACAGUUUCCCGACCUCAAAGAAUGCGCCAAACGAGCGUUUGUUGCGUACAUCAAAUCGGUCGCUUUGAUGAAGAAUAGAGAGGUGUUUCAAUUGGACAGUAUAAAUCUCGACGAGUACGCACGAUCCUUGGGAUUAAACACUACACCGCGUGUGCGCUUCAUUUCACGUGCAUCGGAUGGGAAAGGUUCUCGACCGAAGGUGAGUUCCAAUUUAGAAACUACAGCCACCCGCAUUUUGGAUAGGGCCAGCAGCGAUGAAGAAGAUCCGGAGGAAGAAGAUUUCCUACAAGUAAAGCGUGUCGACAACGGCGCAGAGCUUCCUGCAACGGUCGAGCAGGGUCACGCAAUGGAAAAUAAUCAUGUAUCAACGGACGCGCAACUCCCGAAUGGAACAUCGAAGAAGCGCAUCUCUAAGCAAAAGAUGAUCAAAAAAUCAUUACAGAUUAGCAAACGCACCGCAUUCGAUGACGAUGGCAUGCCCGUUGCCUCCACCGACGAUAAUAAAAAGGAAGACGAUUUUUACGAUUUAACAGAGGCUCGGCUUAGGCUGCAGCAGCAAGAUGUAGAAGACAAGAAGCGAUACAAAGCGCUGAAGAAAGCGAAACGAAUUGCUAUCAAGGAAAAGGAACGUGCGGUUAAGGCGGGCGGUGAUGUCGGCACUGCGCUGGCUGACGAUUUCGGUAGUGAGAGCGAUGGUAGCGUGAAUCUUGAUUGGCUUCCGGAUCCGGACAAGGUGUACGGAACGAAGCGUACUAAAGCAGAUGUUAGUGAAGGCGAACCACAUUCAAACGACGAGGAGAUGCCACGUUCAGUUAAGCGAAAACGAAAGUUGUUGGAGAAUGCACGUGAUCUAACUUUAACCGAUACAGAACAGUUGGUAAUGAAUUUAUUGAGCUGAUUUGUUUUUCCACUCAUACGAUUCGUGUAAAAUGGUCGAGUUUGUGCUAUGUUAACUGUUCCAACUUUGGAAUAAAGUAUGAUUUCAAGUUA